CGCGUCUGAUGGGAAAGCUCCUUUAUCCCCAAUCUGUCCCGACUACCACAGUAGAGCUCUGGCCUGGGGUUUUAGGGGACGCUAUUCUUAUUUCCCUGACCGCCUCCUGCGCGAGAGGUCCCGGGAGGCCCGGGAAGCCCGGGGAAACCUAGCGAUCAGGCCCUCCCGGCGGGGCGCUGCGGGCCACCUGUUGCGGCGCGCGGUGGCGUUGACGAGGCUCACCUGCGCGAGGGCCCAACCUGGACCGGGCGGCCCGCGCACAGCUGAGCGGAGGUCCGGGCUCCAGCCCGCGCCUCGGGCUUCCGCCGCGUCAGCUGACCUCCGAGUGCGGAACUAAAGCUCCGGACCCGCGCUGCUUGGCGCCGUCACGUUCCCUGGUCUGUGCUCUGCACUCGGAGCCCAGCGUCCGCCCCUUCGCCAUGGCCGGGCUCGCGGUCAGUGGAACUCAAGUGUCCUACAUAGGCCAGGACUGCAGACAAAUUCCAGAGCAUCUCGGCAGGGACUGUGGCCAUUUCGCAAAGAGGCUCGAUCUGAGCUUUAACCUUCUGAGGUCACUGGAAGGACUGAGCGCGUUCGGGAGCCUGGAGGAACUCAUCCUGGACAACAAUCUGCUCGGGAACGACCUCGUGUUGCCAGGGUUACCCAGGCUCCAUACCUUAAGCCUCAACAAGAACCAAAUCACUGACUUGGAGUGUCUGCUUGAUCACCUGGCAGAAGUGACGCCAGCUCUGGAGUACCUCAGCCUGCUGGGUAAUGUGGCAUGUCCCAAUGAACUAGUCAGCUUGGAAAAGGAUGAGGAAGACUACAAGAGAUACAGGUGCUUUGUUCUACACAAACUGCCCAAUUUAAAGUUUUUGGAUGCGCGGAAAGUUACCAGGCAAGAACGAGAGGAAGCUUUGGUCAGAGGGGCGUUCAUGAAGGUAGUGAAGCCCAAGGUUUCCAGUGACAGCGCUGCUUCCUCUCCGGAAUGCCACUACACACCCCUGCCUGGUGCUUCCAGGGACCUCACCAGUCACCGCGGUGUCCUGGGCAAGUGUCACUAUGUUUACUAUGGGAAAAACUCAGAAGGCAACAGGUUUAUCCGAGAUGACCAGCUCUGAAGACUUCAGAUGUCUCGAGGCGGUUCAGCACCUUGUGUUCCACUCUCACGUAAAGAAUAUUGAAGAGAACUAUUACCAAAUUAGGAAGAAUUGCUUGUGUUAAUAAAUAGUAUGAGAAAGAGGAAAGAAACUCUGCUAACACUUAACAUACUUUGUUCAUUAAUCCACGAGGCAAAUAUUAUUGAGUCUCUUAUCACUAACAUCCACAGUAUUUGAGGGGCUACAAUUCACUUAUUCAGGAAACAUUUACGUUCAAGUGUAAGGCAGUAAGUUAGCCACCCUGGGGAAGGAAGGAGGAGAAGAGAAUCCACAUUCAGAA